CGGGCCUUCGCCUCCGCCUCCCCCUCCCCAGGCGUCCGUGCUCCCUUCCCCCAACCCCACCGUUCACGGCGGCAGGGGCCCGGCCGCUGCCCCUCCCCUCAGGCAGGGAUAAGGCGCCCCGUGACGGGCAAAGCGAGCGACAGCCGGAGCCGGCAGCAGUGCACCCUGAGGGAUGCCCAAGAAGUUCCAGGGCGAGAACACCAAGUCGGCUGCUGCCCGCGCAAGGAAAGCCGAGGCGAAGGCAGCAGCCGAUGCCAAGCGGCAGCAGGAGCUGGAAGAUGCCCUCUGGAAGGAUGAGGACAAACACGUCCUGAGGAAGGAACAGAGGAAGGAGGAGAGGGAGAAGCGCCGUCUGGAGCAGCUGGAGCGCAAGAAGGAGAUGCAGCGCCUGCUGGAAGAGGAAGAUGCGAAGCUGAAAGGGAAGUUACCGAAACCAAUCACCCCAGGCAAGAUCACCAGGGCUCAGAUUGAAGAGACCAUCCGGAAAGACCAGCAACAGAAGGAGAACGGAGAUGAAGUGGAGAAGCAGAAGAGCCACCUGGAUGUUCCCUUGGAGGAAAACAUCAACAGAAGAGUGUUGGAGGAAGGCACGGUGGAAGCCAGAACCAUUGAAGAUGCCAUUGCAGUCCUCAGCGUUGCUGACGACCUGGACCGUCACCCAGAGCGCCGGAUGAAAGCUGCCUUUGCCACAUUUGAAGAGAUCAACCUGCCACGCCUGAAGCAGGAGAACCCCAACAUGCGCCUCUCCCAGCUCAAGCAGCUCCUCAAGAAGGAGUGGAUGAGGUCCCCAGACAACCCAAUGAACCAGAGGCACAUGACCUACAACAGCCAAAAAUAGAACUGGAAAGAAACCAGCCCAUUCCCCCGAGGCCAGGGCUGAGACCUAGGGCUUCCUUCAAACACGUAAGAAAACCAAGCCACCCAAGGAACCUUGCUUCAUUUAUUCCCCCACCCCCGCUCCAUCUCUUUUGUGCCCUCUUGUUGGACUCCUAAUUAAACGUGAGGCUUCCUGAUCCAAACAGAUGCGUGCGGCUCUUCUCGGGGCGCCCCAGGGAGCCUGGCUCCCCGAUCUUGGCUGGAGCCUUGCCUGCUGCAGAUGUUCUGAAACUGUCCGUUGCAUACAGACCUCUCCAGAGCAGCCCCUUGUUUUAUAUCCUUGGGCAGCUGGGCCCACGCAACCCAGAUGGAUUAACUCAGUCUUUAACUUUUAAAAUCGUGGUCGUCAGUUUAGAAAGGUCACUCCUGCCCACCCUGGAGCGCUGAGAGUAUUGUACCAAAUGGGGCACUGCCACACGGGCAUUCCCAUGGCCCUCCAUGACUGUCUAGACACCUGAGCUGCCUCGCACCACGUUUAACCCCCAUUCAAACUGAAGUGUCCUCUUUUUAUCCCUGUCUCUGCUGGAGCUGCCCUAAGACCACCUUUGCAAUGCAGAGCUGGUGACCCGUGGCAAGAGAACAGGGUGAAGAAGGCAGGUCGAGCAGCACUAGAUUGUUCUGGGAGGAGGUAAUGGGCUAGGAGUGGGUUUAACCCUAAGUGCUAGGCCACUAUCCUGCCUGCUGCUGCUCCCUCGGUGUCAGUCAGUGACCCAGCGCGGGGGGAAGUGGAAUCGAGGCUGUGGACAGGAUUAGCGGGAACUCUUCCACUGCAGCCACUUGUCGUUCUCUGCCCUCCCUUCCAUCUCCAAGGGAAAAGCAAAGGAUCAGUGCAGCAUGUAAGGUGCUAUCGCUUCUCCACGCAGCUUUCCCCACGGCCCGUGUGCGGGAAUCCUAGGGCUUCGCAGCGGGAGAUCAGAACGGGACUUCAGAGAACGCUCCGCAUGAAGAGCAGGCUGGCGCCUGGGGUGCGUUUUGCCCCUCGCAAGGGGAAUGUGGAUCUUGUACCACGGCAACUAACGCAAGGGGUCACAAUGACUUUCUCCCACCUUCUGCGUGAAGGCAGCAGUUCGACACCCUGCUCUGCGUUGCUCCAGCCCUUUAAACGCUGCUCGCUGGCCCAGUCAGCAGUGCCGUUGUGUUUUGUGAAUAGUCCUAACCCUCUCCCUUCUGCACGAGUGGAGCUAGGGAAUCAAAUAUCCACCGUGAAACACCAGGCUGCGAAUUCCCCUGCGAGCCGUGCAGUGCUCCUGGGAACACCAGCAGCCCAGCACCAAGGGGCUAACAUGGAAUUCUAGCCCUCACAUUACACAUACAAUGCUUACCUCCUCCCCCCCGUCCUGCCACCCUGUGCUCUAACCCCCUCCUUCUGAAAUUAAAACCUACCGAGGUAGGUCCAAGGCCAUCACCCUGACUUUGCGCUUAGGCUCUAGGAUUGCAAUCAACUCUAGCCCCUCACCUGUGCAUCGUCUCUGCCAUGUCAGGCCUAGGCUGCUGUCAUCUGGCAUUUAAUCCUAACCCGCUAGCUGGGUGAACGAGGAGACCGUGCUCCGCUGGCGCUGACAUUCUUUGUAAAGCUGCUCCGUGAGCCAGCUCAUAACCCUGACUUCCAUCGCCCCCUACCCCAAGGCACUAGCCUGUAGGCAGCCUCCCCAAACUUCUUUGGGUAAAAGUCUGCCUGCCGUGGAUGGAAAUCUGACUCCACAGGUCAGGUUUAGGGCUGGCCUCCACUGCAGUAGGAAGAGGUGGGGAGGUUUUCUGUGGAGUCCCUCGUUGCCAGACCACAGCGGUGGGGGUUUCCUUUAAUGGCAGUAAACACAGAGAAGAAGCUCCCCACCCACUGCACUGAUUGGGGGUGGCCUAACCGUGCCCACUUGCUGUUGCGUUUGAAGUGGCUGCUCAUGCACUGUGGUAGCUCUGGUUGGAGCUCGGUGAGACAGUCGGGUUUGCAUUGAAAACCCUUUUCGAUGUGGCUCCCCUCUUGCUUUGGCUUCAUAUCCAGCCAGGUAUUCCCAUCAACCUUUGCCCUCUUCACACCCUACUCAGACUUGCUUCAGAAACCGAGGAUGACCCAAACCAUCCUGCCCCUUCCACUAUCCCCAAGAGUUCAAAGAAAUCCAGCUGGCACAAGGACUGGGAGAAAUACAAGAUUGCGUCUUUCCCUCCUUUUAGUGUGAAAAGCUCCUGUUUUUGUUUUAAUCUAAUAUUAAAAAUGGAAAUCCCAACCUGUAAACUAUGGAAGAAAUAAAGCCUUUGAAUCAUGCUGGCA